UUACAUUUGUCGACAUCAGAGGCCAUGGCGCAUCAUUUAGUUGCAGUACACCACCUCAUGCAUGAGACGCCUCUACAAGCAGUGCUACUUCUAUUGCUACUACUGCUACUGCGCUUCGCCACAAUUAGUAGCAGCAAGAAGCAGGCCAAUAGAAAGCGUCUCCCUCCUUCCCCUCCAGGCCUCCCUGUGAUAGGCCACUUGCACCUGGGCCGAGAUCACGUCUCAUUAUGCAACCUCGCCAAGAAGCACGGCUCGGACGACGGCUUCAUGCUCCUCCGCCGCGGCGCCGUCCCGCACCUCAUCGUGUCGUCCCCACGCGCCGCCAGGGCGAUCAUGCGGACGCAUGACCACCUGUUCGCGUCGCGGCCAACAUCCAUGGUCGCCCACGAGCUCCUGUAUGGGCCGAUGGACGUCGUCUUCGCCCCCUACGGUGAGCACUGGCGGAUGGCGAGGAAGCUCGUCGCGGCGCACCUGCUCAGCGUCAAGAAGAUCCAAUCGUACCGCCUCGCCCGUCAGCAAGAGGUGAGCCUGGUGAUGGCCGUGAUACGAGAGUCGGCGGCUGCGAGCACGAUGAUCGACAUGGGUGAGAUGAUGAACACCUUUGUGAAUGACAUGGUGUGUCGCGCCUUGUCCGGGAAGUUCACCAUGAAAGAAGGCCGGAACAAGAUAUUCAGAGAGCUGAUCGAGGCGAACUCAGCUCUCUUUGCGAGUUUCAACCUGGAAGACUGCUUCCCAAGGUUAGCAUGGCUCACUAGAUCUAAUGUUUGUAACAAUGCCAAGAAGGUGAAUAGAAGGUGGGACGAUCUGCUCGAAAAGAUGAUACAAGACCACGAGAAACGAACAUUGUUGCCACCACAUGACAAACAAGAUGGCAAACAGGAAGAGGAGAGUGACUUCAUUGAUGUACUUCUAUCGGUUCGGCAGCAGAAAGACUAUGAUGGUAUCACCAGAGAGCAAAUCAAGGCCAUCUUAAUGGACAUGUUUGCUGCGGGCACGGACACAUCGUCCUUCGCCUUGGAGGUAGCUAUGGCUGAGAUCAUGUGCAACCCUCGGGUGAUGACUAAGCUACAAGCCGAGGUGAGAAACAGCACACCGAACGGGCAAGACAUGGUCGAGGAAGAGAACUUAGCCAACAUGACAUAUUUGAAGGCAGUGGUGAAGGAGACGCUUAGGCUGCACCCGCCGCUACCGCUCCUCAUCCCUCACCUUUCCAUGGCAGAGAGCGAAGUCGACGUCGCUGGAUACACGGUCCCUUCUGGAGCAUGGGUCAUGGUGAACUCAUGGGCUAUCAACAGAGACCCCGAGUGGUGGCAGAAGCCGGAGGAGUUCCUGCCAGAAAGGUUCAUGGAGGGUGGUAGCGCCUCGGCGGUGGACUUCAGGGGGAACGACUUUCAGUUUUUGCCGUUCGGAGCUGGCAGGAGGAUCUGCCCUGGUAUCAACUUCGGGCUGGCGACCAUCGAGAUCAUGCUGGCAAACCUUGUGUACAGUCACGACUGGGAGCUGUCGUCCGCCACGGGCAAGAAGGGUAUUGACAUGACAGAAGUGUUUCGCUUGAGUGUCCGACGGAAGGAGAAACUGAUGCUUGUUCCCAAGAACCGCUCAAGUGUGUGACCGUACGUCUUACAUCACUCCUGCUUUUCUGUUUGUUAUCAUUGAAUAAUAAACUAUGUUGUCAACUGAACUAGCAAAGUGGCCCUCGCACUUGCGUAUGCAAGGGCUAUAUUCAUGUAUUGAAAGUGUGCUUGAAAUAUGAAUUUAUGGCAGGGGGAGGUGUGUACUAAAUUUUCCCGGAAUAUGUAAG